AUGGAGGGAAGUAAAGUUGAAAAUGGAAGCUCAAGCGAGGGCCGGCCUCCCAACCCUCUCGCCGGGGCGUACUGGCAGUGCUUUAGCCACAAUGACGGCGUUCCUGUGCUUUGCAAGAAAUCGCUUGUUCGACACCCAUCUCUUAUGAAGACAAAGACAUCUGACAUUAAAGUUGAACCGGGAGUUCAAGCAGAGGAAUUUGAAUCUAAGUUCAUUCCAGUUGUCCGGUCCGGAGCAUGGGCUGACAUAGGGUCUCGUCCAAGCAUGGAAGAUGUAUAUGUCUGUGUUGACAAUUUUAUGCACGAUUAUGGGCUUAAGAAUCGUACUGAUAUCCCAAGUGCCUUUUAUGGGGUGUUUGAUGGACAUGGAGGAAAGCAUGCUGCUGACUUUGCUUGCUUUCAUUUGCCAAAGUUCAUUAUUGAGAAUGAAGACUUCCCAAGGGAUAUUGAAAGGGUUGUCACUUCAGCCUUUCUUCAUACUGACACUGCCUUUGAAGAAGCUUGCACCUUGGAUGCCACCCUUGCCUCUGGUACCACUGCAUUGACCGCUCUUCUCAUUGGAAGGUUGUUGGUGGUAGCAAAUGCUGGAGAUUGUCGAGCAGUGCUGUGCCGCCGUGGCAAAGCAAUUGAAAUGUCAAGAGAUCACAAACCGAUUUGCGGCAAAGAGAAACAACGCAUCGAGGCAUCUGGAGGAUAUGUGUAUGAUGGUUACCUUAAUGGACAGCUUAACGUUGCUCGUGCAUUGGGAGACUGGCAUAUGGAAGGGAUGAAGGGCAGGGACGGUGGGCCACUCAGUGCAGAGCCAGAAUUUAUGACUGCAAAACUUACUGAGGAUGAUGAGUUCCUUAUCAUUGGCUGUGACGGGAUCUGGGAUGUGUUUAUGAGUCAAAAUGCUGUGGAUUUUGCUCGGCGCAGGCUUCAGGAGCACAAUGACCCAGCCACAUGUAGCAAGGAUUUGGUUGAUGAGGCUUUGAAGAGGAAGAGUGGGGACAAUUUGGCUGUUGUCGUAGUCUGCUUCCAACCACAGCGUCCACCUAACCUGAUUGCCCCUCGCUCAAGAGUGCAGAGGAGUUUUUCUGCUGAAGGGUUGAGGGAGUUGCAAAGCUUCUUGGAUGACUUGAAAACUUGA